GGUCCCGCCUCCCAGCCCUGGCUCUGCUUCCGCGCGCACCCACCCACCUGGGGCCUCGGGCUUCUCGGCACCCUGUGCCCCGGCCUCUGGAGGCCUCAGUUCUGUGUCCUAGAAGGAGGCCGUUUCCUGCCGGGAGAGGCUUAUGGGACUGGCAAGUCUCACGGUCUGUGGGCCUGAAGCUCAGCCUUAUUUUGUUUUUUUUCAGGCGGGGUGAAGGAUGAGGACUGCGUCACUUUAAGCCAAAGAUUUCAAAAUUCCAAAGGCAAAAUUUAGAGAGAGCAUCCCUGGGCCUGGCCCAAGCUGGAGACUCCCGAGGGCUGCGGCGGGCUCUCCCCGGAGCCCUGCCCUAGGCGCUCGCGGGCACGUCCAGAGACCCCCCUCCUUCUCCCUUGCUCCGUGGGGCGUCAUUGUCUCACCGGCUUUUGUCGCGAGACAAAUGCUGGGCCUGCGGAUCCCAGCAAGGCCUGUUAGGUGUAAAGGGAGGCUUUUCUGUGGGUCGGAUUCUCAUUAAAUACUGUUCCUGCACACCUGUGGUGCCGGUCGUCAUGGCGUUUGCCUGGGAUGCACCGCCUUUGGCGUAGGGGUCAGACAGCGGCGUGAGACGCCCAGUCGCUUCUCUAGGGACCAGCUAGCCCCUUGCAGAAACGACUCCCUGUGGUUUCUUGGUGUUUUGGAAGAUUAUUCACACAAGGGGACAUUAUUAAAAACUGUUCUUUGGGGGGUUUGCACGUGAGCCCUGGAUAUUUGAAAGUAAAUGUUUAAAAAAAAAAAAAGUCCAGAAUCUAAUCAAAUUGAUUUAUAUUAUUGAGUCUUGAAUUAACCUAUUCUUCCUCCCCCUACCGCCUCUAUAUAUGUAUUGUACCUGUUACUAGCCACCUAACUAUGGCAAUACAAUACGUCAGCACUCAGAUUUGUUUCUAAAGUGUAUUUUUAGCCACAAAAUUCCUUUAAAAAACCAGCCAAAUCCUUAUGUAGCUCUCUUUAAAGGCUGAGUUACUGGAAUAAUGAUGAAACAAAAUAAAAAUAAAGACAGUAGGAUCCCCUUUCACAGAGAUGUCCAUGCGCCAGCUUCAGAGUAAGAAACCUACAUGUUUACACAGUUAUUUAUAUGUAAUGUGGUUGUCAUUCAGCAUUUUAUAAAGAUCUGCAUACAUUUGUUUCCUUAUAGUCUGUGACGCUUGAUAUUAAUCACUUGCUGUAAUCAUACAAGGACAAUGAAUGAAAUGCUGAAACAAUAAACUGUAUACCAUACGGAUUCAAAACAGUACUUUUCUGUUGCCAGGGUUGGCAUGAUGGACUUGUGGCAGAAUUCCCUUUGGACUAGGUACAGGGUAGCUGGUGUCCAGGCUAAUGUUAGUGCCUAAUUGCAUUGUUCCCGUAGGGCUGUUUCCCUCAAAACUGGCAAACUAUUAACCUUGACCCUCAUUAAGGACAUUGCUAGCAUUUUUAACUUAUGAGUUUUCUGUGUAUAUUUUAGUGCUAUAGACUGCAAUUCCAAAUUAGACUUACUUUUAGUAUAUCACUUUACACUGUUGAUCUAUAAUUCAUCACCUGCGCACACCAAGGGAGGCAGUGUUGUGAACUGUACACUGUAAACUACUUGGUGGAACCAUGCUUUGUAUUUUAAAGUGUAUAAUUAUAUUUAAAAUCAAGUAAGGCUUAGGUUUGUGCCUGAUUUUCUUUGCAAAUAUGGAUUUGUUAUCUGAGGGUUGCAGUUGAUGGAUAAUUGGAUACUAUAUUAAUAUGUUUGCGGCUGCUACCAAGAGCUUUGUCAAGCAAGUUGGAGAUGGAGGGAGAUUAGUUCCUGUUCCAAGCCUCAGUGAAGCAGACAAAUACCAACCUCUAAGUCUGGUGGUGAAAAAGAAGCGAUGCUUUCUGUUUCCUAGAUAUAAAUUUACCUCGACACCUUUUACACUGAAAGAUAUUCUUCUAGGAGACAGAGAAAUUUCAGCUGGUAUUUCAUCUUAUCAGUUACUGAAUUAUGAAGAUGAAUCAGAUGUUUCACUCUAUGGAAGGCGAGGCAACCAUAUUGUGAAUGAUGUUGGGAUUAACGUUACUGGAUCAGAUUCUGUUGCAGUAAAAGCUUCAUUUGGUGUAGUAACUAAACAUGAAGUGGAAGUUUCAACAUUACUCAAGGAAAUUAGUUCACGAAAAAUUAAUUUUGACCACAGCUUGAUACGUCAGUCAAGGAGCAGCAGAAAGGCAGUAUUGUGUGUUGUCAUGGAAAGCAUUCGAACCACACGACAGUGCUCACUGUCUGUGCAUGCUGGAAUUCGUGGGGAGUCCAUGCGGUUUCAUUUUAUGGAUGAACAGAAUCCCAGGGGAAGGGACAAAGCUAUUGUUUUCCCAGCACACACAACCAUAGCUUUCAGUGUUUUCGAACUCUUCAUUUACUUGGAUGGUGUCUUUGACCUUUGUGUCACUUCAGUGUCAAAAGGAGGAUUUGAAAGGGAAGAGACAGCAACGUUUGCCGUGCUCUACAGAUUGAGAAACAUACUAUUUGAAAGAAAUAGAAGAGUGAUGGACGUCAUUUCUCGUUCCCAGCUUUACUUAGACGACCUUUUUACUGACUACUAUGAUAAACGUUUCAGCAUGACUGAUAUUUCACUCAAAGAGGGGACUCACAUCCGUGUUAACUUACUUAAUCACAACAUUCCAAAAGGACCUUGCAUACUCUGUGGGAUGGGGAACUUAAAAAGGGAGACGGUUUAUGGGUGCUUUCAGUGCUCUGUCGAUGGGCAGAAGUACGUGAGACUUCAUGCGGUUCCUUGUUUUGAUAUUUGGCACAAGAGAAUGAAAUAAAAUGAAAAAUGAAUGCACUCUGCUGGUGUUUAAGGUGCAACUGUGCCACACACCUUUCCAAAAUGAAUUGUGGCAAAUUAAAGAGGGAAAGAAAUUAACCUGUCUGGGCAUCAUUUUCUUCAUGUAUAAAGUGGAGGUGAUAACAGUCUCCUCAUAACUUGUAUGAAGGUUAAUAUUUUUAUAUGAAAAAAGGCUUAAAUAUAAAAUUAAGAAUGUAGAUGCUCCUCCAUAAAAUCUGCCACUCACGUUGGAAGUAUUUUAGGGAUUUAGUUUAUCAUUUAGGUAACUUUUUACAUAGAGAUUUUUUGAAAUACCAACUUUAUUUUUAAUUGGGUUUUAAUUAACAUUUAAAGAUGAAAAGAGUGCAAAAGAGGCGACUUUAUGGUGCUUUAACUAUUGCCCUAUUUCUGGUAAAAUGAGAAAAAUGUGUUAAUAAUUUAAUGUAACCUAAGUGCUUAAUUGCAGUAUCAAGUUAAAAGCACACUGAGCUCAGUGUGGGGCAUUGUGUACAGUUAACAGGGUGACUGAUAGUAGUAAUGGGCUGCUAUGGACAUAAGCUCGCUAGUUGUGGCUUUAUAAAACUCACUGCUGUCAUUUUAAAGUUAAGACAGCUAGGAAAUAAUUUCUUUUUUCCCCUGAAGAUGUUUAAAACAUUUAACAUAUUUAGUUCUAAGAAAUCUUUUUCAUCUACUCUGUAAGACAUCUGAAAUUUGUCAUAAACAACCUAAAUUUACUAUAUAUAUAUAUACCCUUAUGAAAAUAACCACAAAAAUAUGUUCAAAUUCUAGAACUCACAGUGUAUAAUUACAUCACUCAUUACUAGGUAUAUGCCUAUGAAGGCAUAAUGCAAUCACGUGAAUACGAACUACUUGUGCACUAAAGAAUGUAGAAUGAUUAAAAUUUUAUUUUUUAAUUAUUUAAGUGUGAUUAGUUUCAGAAGCAAUCUCCGUAUUCAUUUAACAUCAACUAUAAUCUUUUAAAAGAUAAGUUUAAAGGCACUUUGUAUGAAAACAAUGGGACAAAAAGGUUAGAAUUAUAGUUUGUAUUAUCUGAGAAUUUCCAUUUAUAUCUUUUGUCACUGUAUUUUAUUUUAGACAGAGUAUAUGAUUCAAAUGCAAAUAUGAGGAUACAGACCAAACAAGGGUCUAGUGCCUUUUUUAUAUUAAGAAAGUGGGGGCAGUUUCAAACCAAAGCAUAAUAUUACCAACUUAGUUUACUUCCACUGAGCAGGCUUUUCUGAAGAAGUAAAGAGAUUAAUAAUUGACUAAGCAAGUGAGAAGUUAUAAAAUAGGGCAGAGGAAUGAUGCAAUAUUGGCAGGAAGAAAAACUAGUAAAUGUUUUUGUUUUAUGAAGUGUCAAACUCUGUGCUAUGCUUAUGUGACACCACUAAUCUGGUGGGUUUUGUGUUAUCCCUACCCUUUUAAGUAACAGAAUUUCUGGCAGUAUAUAGAAAGAGGUUAAAAGAUACAGUGGUUUGGAAAGAGCAAGUUUCAGAAAAUGGAAAAGCUUUGUUUUGAACUCACCUGUUUUGAAUAGAGCUAUUUACAGCCUGACCAUUCCUUCCUACACAUGCAGUAGGCUAAACCUUACAUGCUCCAAUAAACGUGCCCUUUCUUUGGUACCAACUGCAUUACAGCAUCUCUUACCUCUUUUUCUCCACAAGUUGCACCAUGUCAUGAUGUGACCAUGACACAAAAUUGCCAUGGUACAUUUAUUUCUUUUCUCCUUUGAAAAUGUUUAAAACAUUUAUUUAACAUAUAGUUCUGAGAGAUAUUUAUGAAUCC